AUUCCAUUUAGUGCAUAAACUUUUAGUGCAGUUUGAAUAAAAGUUUGUUUAUUAAAAUAAAAUGUUGGCGACUCAGAGUCUGUGCGAUUACGAAGUCAAGAAUGGACCAGGAGGAGUUAUAGAGGUUGAAAGAUUAGCACAAUACGAUCGUCUGGUAGGUGGAGGAACAGCCUGUGACACAGAUCUUGACAGGAUUCAAGAAUUGUUUCCAAAUGAUUAUCUAGCUUUAUAUGACAGUGAUGCACCUUCAGCCCAACUACAGAACAGUGUGAAAAUAAAGACUCUUCUCCGCAAGCGACCAAGUCUGGACCUAGGUCUACUAGGAAGUAGCAACAAUGGAAGUUGUCAACGAUCGCCCAGUUCCCAUAACUUGUCAAAUAACAAUAACAAUAGCAAGUCACCUUCUUCGGGAAAUGAUAGCAGUUUGCGGAAAGAGAGAAGAUUUCUGAUGGAGGCACCAUGCACCUUUUCUGCCUGUCCAAGUGCUACCGGAUCACCGGAUUCACCAGGAUCCGUUCAAGGAGAUCCAACAGCAGCAGCUCCUACGGGGUCUACGCAGGAUAGACAUUUAUUUUUAUUUACGGAUCUACUGCUGGUGGCCAAACCGCGAGGAGGAUGUUUCAAAUUGAAGGAAUGCGUUCGCUUAUCAGAACUGUGGGUUUCGGCUGCCGCGAGGCCGACGUGCUGCUUACUGGGUUGGGCAAGAGGAGCUCAAGUGACCACGGUGCGUUGCGCCUGGGGCACUCAAGCCGCGAGGGACACUUGGCUGCGCGGCUUGCAGGCAGCCCUUAUUGCGACACUGGCAGAUGAACCACCGGAAACUAAUAUUCAGCUACUCUACAAAGACCCUAAUGGAAUGGAUUAUACAAAAACGUUAACGGUGGGUCCAUCAGUUACCGCGGAUGUUGUGGUACGUCAGGCUAUAUCGCUCUUCGGCCUUCCUGCACGUUGUCGCACAGACCUCAGACUGGCAGUCAUCGAGACCUCAUCUAGCAAUGGUAGUUCAAGUAGUGGGAAUAAUAACUCAACUACGUUUCUCAUUGGUUGCGAACGACCUCAUGCAAUACAAAUGGCUAGAAUUAGACAAUCGCUCUCUAGUGAAGAAGGAUUUGACCUGAGGCAUGUAAAUAGUAGACACAAUCCUUGCUGCAACCUCAUUUUCGAACUACGUAGCGUCAAUAAAACUGUUAUUAAAAGGACACCGCUGAAACUGUUUCGUAGAUCAUCCGGCCGAUUGUUCGGCGUAGCUCUGACCACUCUCUGCGCGCCCCUUCAAGGACAAGCCCCAGGUCCCGUGAUAAGUAUGCUAAGGGCUUUACUACUUCGCGGACCCUUGACCCAAGGAAUAUUUCGCAAAUCGGCCAAUGCACGAGCGUUAAGAGAGCUUCGAGAUAAGAUGGAUUCAAUAGGUCCUAGCGGAGACGCUAAUGCCUUAAUUGAAUCAGCUCCGGUAAUUCUAGUAGCAGCAUUACUCAAGGACUUCCUCCGCAGUCUUCCAAAUCCUCUUCUAUGCACUGCUCUUUAUGAUAAUUGGAUGCGUGUUUUAACUCUUCCUUCUGUGAAGGAGCAAUUAGCAUCGGUUAGAUCACUUCUUUUACAGUUACCGUCGUGCCAUUUGACAUUGCUCGCUCAAGUUCUUUCCGUGUUACAUACAGUAGCGAGACGAUCGUCAGUAAAUCUUAUGUGUGCUUCCAAUUUAGGCGUCUGUGUAGGGCCUUCAGUUCUUUGGCCACCAGGACCUCCAAUGCAAUUGCAUGAACCACGAGCGGUUCCGCAGUUGUUGCAAUUAUUGAUAACCCAUGCAGAAGAGCUUUUCCACACGAUACGAGCGGCGGGUUCUGAAACCAUAGUUGCUGAUUCAGGUGCUGAGGAAAGCGAUAGCCUGCAUUCCGUCGGAUUAUCUUUGGAUUCAUUAGAAUUAGGUUGUGUGCGCAAAGAAAAAUUAUCUUUAUCGCGUGACUCUGGCCUUACAUUAUCAGAAGAUGAUUCUAUUAGCACUGGUGGACAAAGUCCGUCACCUCAUGUUAUAUUCUGCAGAGCACCUCAGCAACAACAAGCUCAGCAGGUUAAGGUGCGUACGUUUGUUCCUCAGCAAUAUGUUAGAACAAAGAGUUCGGGUGAUUUGCUAGAUAGUACAAAUGGACCAAGUUAUUCAAGAGUUUAUGGGGGGUGGGAACAGCGUAUAUCCCAUUACACACAACAACAAUCUAAUAGUACUGUUGAAUCGACAUUUAAGAGACGCGAUUGGUCCCGACAAGCUUCAAGAACUAAAAGCAACGAGGGCGCUUCAACAGAUUCUUCUCAGGAUAGCGCUGGAGAAUCUAAAUGCCGAGACCAAUGUCAGCAAAGAACUUUAGAUCCAUCCCAUGUUUGUUGCCGAAGUCCGUAUUUCCGUACAGAGAAGAGCAAAAUGUAUUACGCACAUUAUAAUAAUCAAGACAAAGAUUAUUAUGGGCGUCAAAAAUCGCACAUCAAGCAAUCAAAAUCGACGAGCGCUGUAUCCAAUCUAUAUUCAAAUCUUAAUAAUAAUACAGAAGCAUUCUGUGAUGGAAUAUAUGGCACCGCAGAAACCUAUGAAAACUCUCAUUAUGAAAAUGUUUAUGUUAAUCGUGUAAAUGCCUUUAGAGCUCCGCCUGUCCCACCCAGAAGGUUUGCUCAUUUGACGGCAGGUCCUCAAAAGCAUACUGUAUCUUUGACAAUAACUGAAGAUAGGAAUGCUAGAUCUCGAUCUCGAUCUACAUCCGUAGGACCUGUAUUUAGACCCCUAACUUCAAUGCAUGUAGCUAAUGUAAUAUCCCUUCAAGAUACAGAUACAGAGUCAGAAUCAUAUGUAUGACCAUGACCAUUACAAUAUACUUUAUACAUUUAAGAUAUAUCAUGUGUUCGCCAAAAAGUGUGUUGAGCUCUGCCUUUGUGUUGCUAGAAGAAAAUAAUUGAAUAAUAUAUUACAUUGAAUUAUCGUAAGUUCACUGAUAAUCAAUUGUUAAAAGUAAUUGCACAAUAGCAACUACAUCUUUAUAUAGAUUAGUAUAAAAUAUUUUUAUAUAGUGAAUUAAACAUAUAUUAUCGAAUA